AGCCACUCUUUGAAACUAGAGUGUGAUAGAAACUUGCCCUUUACUACUAGUAGUAGUGCAAUUAAUAUAUGCAUUAUAUUCCUCACAAAAUGGAGGGUGAUUUGUCUCACAAAAGCUUCCUUCUAGUGUUUCUUAUUGUGCUUACUCUGCAGGCUUUUGCAGUGCAUGGCACGAGUGUAGGGUUCUAUUCAAAAUCAUGUCCUUCCAUAGAGUCCAUUGUUAAGUCCACAGUUGCAUCCCAUGUGAAAACUGAUUUUGAAUAUGCUGCUGGUUUGCUGAGACUGCACUUUCAUGAUUGCUUUGUAAGAGGAUGUGAUGCUUCUAUUCUAAUUGCUGGUAAUGGCACUGAGAAACAAGCUCCCCCAAACCGUAGUUUAAAAGGAUAUGAAGUUAUUGAUGAAGCAAAGGCCAAAUUAGAGGCUCAGUGCCCUGGUGUUGUGUCCUGUGCUGAUAUUCUUGCUCUUGCUGCUCGUGAUUCUGUUGUUUUGAGUGGUGGAUUAAGUUGGCAAGUGCCUACUGGACGCAGAGAUGGAAGGGUUUCAAUUGAAAAUGAAAGUUUUUCUCUGCCUGGUCCUAAUGACUCUGUGGCAGUCCAGAAGAAGAAGUUUUCUGAUCUGGGUCUUAACGUUCAAGAGCUAGUCACUCUUGCUGGUGGGCAUACAAUUGGUACAGCUGGUUGUCGGAACGUAGCAGACAGAAUUUACAACACAAAUGGGACUGAUCCUUCAAUCGACCCUUCAUUUCUUCGAACUCUACGAAGCCUUUGUCCACAAGACCAACCAAGUAAGAGACUUGCAAUAGACACUGGAAGUCAGGCCAAGUUUGACACCUCUUACUACGCUAACCUCAAGAAAGGCCAUGGAGUUCUCCGUUCUGAUCAAGUGCUCUGGACUGAUCCUUCCACCAGAGCCAUUGUUCAGAAAUACUUAGCCGCCACCGGUUGUGGUCCUGGCUCCUUCAACGUCGAAUUUGGCAAGGCUAUGGUUAAGAUGAGUAACAUUGGUAUUAAGACUGGUGCUAAUGGUGAAAUUCGCAAAAAAUGUUCUGCUAUUAAUUAAUAAGCAAACUUGUACCUUUAUUGUAAUAUCAAUGGUAUAAUAUAUGCUUGUGCAAUGCACUGCAAAAUACAUAAUGGAAGAGUGGAUCUUCAGUCAUUCAGUGUGACCAUAAAGUUUGAGUUACUUUACCGUGGCGGAUUACAGUCUUUUGUCGCCAAAUGGUGUUAGUAUUAAUUAUGUGCAGUUGUAUUUGUAGCUACAACAUGUUAUUUUAGUGGGGCAUAUAGCUUCAAACUCCAAACUAUAGAAAUCUAAAUAAAUUUCUCCUCAGAAUUGAUUUUAAUAACUUCAAAAUUCCAAA